CUUUGUCCUCUGUUUGUCUGAAUGGAUGAAUGUGCUGCAGUGAAAUUGCUGUGUUUUUUUGUGUGUGUGUGCAUGUGUUUAAGGGGGGGCAUAGUGGCGUCUUCUAGCUGAUUUGCAUGACCAUGCAUGCUGCGUUUCUGUCUGUCUGUGGCUAGCCUGGCUUUAGUCUGCACACAGCUAGCCUGGUAUGUUAGCAUGUGGCUAGGCAAGACACACGCUGUUAGCCAACAUGUUAAGCUAAACAAGGUUAAGCUACUGCACACAGACACACACUCACACACACAGCCACAUCCCUGAAGAAUAAGCUUAGUAAGCAGCUAACCUUAAGCAGCUCCUUAAGAUAAAGAUGAGAGAUAACGAGCGAAAGAAAGAAUGGCAGAGGAUCAUCCUUUUAAUGUCAGGAUUGUUCAGAUGUGUGUGAGUGUCUGCAAAGGUCGGAGGUCACAGCUGAUCCCCCCUUCCAACCACCCACCCCUGUGUGCAGAGUCACUUUCUUAACCACUUUUAUUAUUCACAAAACACACACAUAAUUGUCGACAUGUAGUACGUUCAGAUGUAGAAACACCUCAAAUGUUGUGUUUGUUUGUUUUUUCAGUAUGGAAAGUUUCUUUUCAAAAAUUAUUUGGCUCCUCCCUCACUCUGAUGUCAUAGACUCAGAGGUCGGCUACAUUUGAUGACCUUCGUAGCUUUGUUUUUUUCCUUAGCAGAUCUGUGAACACAUCAUCUUAUGGGCAACCAAUUUUUUCAGAUAAAAAGUGUGUGAUGCGGCGGCUGCAUUGUGGUAGCCAGGAGUCCUUAUUAAGCACCGGCUGUGUUUCAUCUUUGGAGCUCAGAAUGGACCAAUCAGUGAUCAUCAAACCAGUUCACUCCUCCCUACUGGGACAGGACUACUGCUUCGAGGUAACAACCUCAACAGGAACAAAGUGUUUUUCAUGUCGAUCGGCAGCAGAAAGAGAUAAAUGGAUGGAGAACCUGAGACGAGCUGUUCAUCCCAACAAGGACAACAGCAGGAGGCUGGAGAAUGUGCUGACAGUGUGGGUGAUCGAGGCCAAAGACCUGCCAGCAAAGAAAAGGUACUUCUGUGAGCUGUGUCUGGACGACAGUCUUUACGCUCGGACGUCGUGUAAGCUGAAAACCGACAACAUCUUUUGGGGAGAACGUUUUGACUUCAGCAGCCUGCCGUCGAUCAACGCCAUAACUCUUCAUCUUUACAAAGACACAGACAGGAAAAGGAAGAAGGACAAGAGCAGCUAUGUUGGGCUGGUCAACAUCCCUGUCGCAACAGUGACAGGCAGACAGCUGGUGGAGAAGUGGUACACGUUGAGCACACCGAGCACCAUCAGGAGUAAGUCGUCUGUACCAACGGUGCGUAUCAAAGCUCGGUAUCAAAGUAUCGUCAUCUUGCCGAUGGAGCAGUACAAGGAGUUUGCAGAAUACAUCAGCUCCAACUACCUGCUGCUCUGUAACACUCUGGAGGCCUCCAUCAGCCUGAGAGCUAAAGAGGAGCUUGCUGCCGCACUUGUUCACAUCCUGCACAGCACGGGAAAGGCCAAGGACUUCCUCACAGACCUGAUGAUGUCAGAGGUGGACCGUUGUCGUGACAAUGACCAGCUGAUCUUCAGAGAGAACACAUUGGCGACGAAGAGCAUCGAGGAAUACCUAAAGCUCAUUGGACAGAAGUAUCUGCAGGAUGCCCUUGGUGAGUUCAUUAAAGCUCUGUACGAGUCAGAUGAGAACUGUGAGGUCGACCCAUCCCGCUGUGCGACCUCUGAGCUUGCAGAGCAUCAGGCAAACCUCAGGAUGUGUUGUGAGCUCGCCUUCUGCAAGAUCCUCGACUCCUUCAGGGUCUUCCCCCGGGAGCUGAAGGAGGUGUUUGCAUCAUGGCGACAGGAGUGUGGCAACCGAGGGCGACCAGACAUAAGCGAGCGCCUCAUCAGCGCCUCCUUGUUCCUGCGCUUCCUGUGUCCAGCUGUGAUGUCACCUUCACUGUUUGACCUGAUGCAGGAAUACCCCGACGAACGCUCGGCGAGAACUUUAACACUCAUCGCCAAAGUCAUCCAAACCCUCGCCAACUUCAGCAAGUUUGGGACUAAAGAGGAGUACAUGCUAUUUAUGAAUGACUUUGUGGAGAGGCAAUGGAGCAGCAUGCAGCGUUUCCUGCAGGAGAUCUCAAAUCCUGAUGGCCUGAACCACACGGCAGGCUUCGAUGGAUACAUUGACCUCGGCCGAGAACUUUCAAGCCUGCACACUUUGCUGACUGAGCUCGACCAGGCAUGCCUGGCGAAGCUCGGUCCUCUUCCUCGGAUCCUCAGAGAAGUGUCAACAGCUCUAGCUAACCCGGGUGGUGUGGUUCAUCAUGGGGGAAUGUCAGUGUCCUCUCCAGAGCCUCAGCGUGUGAUGUCUCCACCCCCUAUGUCCCCACCCCCUCUGUCCCCGCCCCUCUCACCUCCUUUGGCAGCCUGUAAUCCUUCCAUUGGCCUGCAGGGUGGCGUAGGACUGGAUGGAGGUUUAGUAGAUUUCACUAGACUUCCCUCUCCGACUCCAGAAAACAAAGAUUUGUUUUUCGUCACUAAAGGAUCCAGUCUGCAGCCAGCAUCAGGCCUUCAGGGCUCUCCAGCUCCGAGCUCAUCCUACUCUGAACCCAACGAACACGAGGCAGGGUUUGAAAUGACCAAUGGGGGCCGGAGGGAGGGGCAAGAUCUGACCAAUGAGAGCCGCAGUCUGUCCCUGGUUGACCUGCAGGACUCCUCCCCGAGCGACGGUCUUGAUGACAGCCAAUGGCAGCGCAGGACUGGGCUUCUUCCGCUCUCCUUCCAGAAUCCUGUGUAUCACAUGACCACCACGUCACCACGGCCGCAGACAGAUGCAACACCCUCCGAUGGCUCUGUGGGGUCGCAGGGAAACGCAGAUGACAGAAACACCAUGGCAACUAAACCAGCAUUUCUCACCCAGAUGUCUGUGGGUCUGGGAGGUGGAGAGAGAGUGGAGAGAGGUGAGAGAGGGGAGAGGAUGUCGGCAAUGUCAAGCAGCAGCAGCGGAGAGGAAUACUCUCGAAGAGCUCUCUCCAUCAAUGAGACACUAACGGGUACACCUGCUCCCCCUCGUCAGAACUCCUCAGGCCCUCAGAGACGCAUCGAUCAGCCUCCUCCCCCAUCCUCAGCUCCACCGGGGCCUCCUCGAGGUCGGACUCCACCCAGCAUGCUCAGUGGAGCCGGAGGCUCAGCAUACCCACCUCGCCCCGCUUCAGGCAGCAUGAUGUCAUCUAGUCCUGAUUGGCCAAGCAGCGGCCAGUCCAGGCUCAGACAGACAUCUUCGUCCUCUAAAGGAGACAGCCCCGAGAAACAACGGUCUGCUGCCAAGGCCCCCUCUCCCUGUGCUUUGGACCGUACAGCAGCCUGGCUGCUCAACAUGAACUCUGCGUCCUCCUACGGUGAGGCGGAUGAAGAUCGCCAUGACGACGCUCUCAUUGAGAAGGUAAGACUCCUCAUAUUUGGCUUGUACUACUGGAAUUGUACAUGUUCUGACCAUAUGUUUGUUUUUGUGUGUAUUCAGUACCAGCAGGAGAUUGCAUUGCUGCAGGAGAAGUUGCGGGUUGCAGCCCUGCGGCAGGACGAGUGUGAGGCAAGACUGCUGGUCCAGGAUCAGCAGAACCAACGUAUGCUGCAGGAGUACCAGGCUCGGCUUGAGGACACAGAGAGCAGACUGAGGAGGCUGCAGGACGAUAAAGACCUCCAGAUGAACAGCAUCAUCAGCAGGUUGAUGGCUGUAGAGGAGGAGCUGAAGAAGGAUCACUCCGACAUGCAGGCUGUGGUCGACUCCAAGCAAAAGAUUAUCGAAGCACAGGAGAAGAGGAUUGGGAGUCUAGAUGCAGCCAACAGCCGUCUAAUGGCGGCUUUGACUCAACUGAAGGAGCGGUACGCCGUGACAUCGCAGAGGAACGGCCUGUCUCCUAGCAACACGUCAUCUCUGCAGAUAACAGAGAAUGGAGAGUUCCGUAACUCUGGCAACUGCUGAGUCACAAGGACCUGGGCUCUGCUUGGCUUUGACUGCAGGGAGAGGGAGGGGCUUAUCUGCAUGAUGUGUGAGAGACAGCAGGAGGCGGGCCUAUCUCAUUAACCACACCCUUUUUUAAACCAACUAAUCAACACUGUAGUUGUAACCACAGACCUGUCAAUCAAAUAUCACCUCCUACAGAGAUGGAUCUGACCUUGGAUCUCUGACCUGACUCUGCCCCCGUUGCUAUGGUUCCCCUUAGUUCCUUUUCCUUCCGUUUUGCAUGUUUCUUUUUUAAGCAGCUUACAAAUUCUGACAUCAUAUCUAGUUUUCUUUUGGAACUCCCUGAUGAGGGUCAGAUACUUCCAACAACCAAACUGCACGUCUUUAGAAAAAACUCAAUACAAUUUUACCUGUAUCUGGCAGUGGCCUGACCAGCUCAACUUCAGCCAUAUAUGAUUCUGGUCCAGCUGGACAAACUUAAGUCUCUGUUUCUCUAUAUGGCUCUAAUUAAAUAAAAAUGACUCAUUUGACCCAGUACUGUUUGACCAAGACUGACCCGAAAUGGUUCUCGUUUUGACUGGGUUACGUCUGACUUAAUAUUGCCCUGGUCUGAAUGGGUUAUCUCCAGCUACAUAUAGCUCUGGUCUUACAUGGUCAUCUCUAGCAGUAUAUGGUUCUUGUCUGACUAGUUAAACUCUUGCUGUACAUGGCUCUUGUAAGACUGGGUAGACUCUGACUUAGGGUUGUCACAAUGCCAGAAUGAAUAUGAUACUUGUAAAACUUAACCGAUAUCACAG